AUGCUGUGCUAUAACUGUUCCCCCCCCCCCCCUCUGCANUUUAAUCUUUCCCCCCCCCCCCCUCUGCAGCUAGACUCGAUCUACAAGCAGCGAGGGAGAGAGUGGUCGGCGGCGGUGCUAUCAUCAACACACUGGCGCCAUUCGACUGCUCUCUACCGAAGAACGGAAUCUCGUCGCCAACCUUCCUCCUCCUCCUCCUCGGCAUCGCCAUCAAGGCUAGGCUGGCUGGACGAAUGCCAGAUCGAAUUAAAUUUGACAUACAGCACCACCCACCCACCCCACAACCCAAACUCACCUCCUUCCUCGCAUUUAUCCUCCAGACGUGAGGAUUCACUGGAGGCUCCAAGUUUGCGCCUGAUGAUGUUAUCGAUAAUAUUACUUGGGACAGGGGCAGAAUGA